CGCGUGCUUAUCUCCCCACGUCACUCGCAGCCGCGGGGCCCGAGGAGAAGAGAAGCAGAGCACUGCAGCGGCUGAUCCAGCUGUUCCAAGAAUUGCUCCCACUCCCAUCUCCUGGGAUAGCUCAGGUCGGAGAAUCCCCGAUUCCUGGAGGCGUCGAUGGCCACGAGGACGUUGAGGGAGGUUGGGAGGAGGAGCUCGGCGGCGCUGGGGAUCGGGCCGCGAGGCUUCUCCGGUGGGAGCGCUGGGGCGGGGGUGGCCGAGAGGAAGGAGGGAGGAGGAGAGGGAGGGAAGGCAGUGAACCUGUUCACGGCCGUCAACCAGGCCCUCCACAUCGCCCUCGACACCGACCCCCGUGCUUAUGUCUUUGGAGAGGAUGUGGGUUUCGGUGGCGUCUUUCGCUGCACAACAGGGCUUGCCGAUCGGUUUGGCAAGAAUAGAGUAUUCAACACACCGCUAUGUGAACAGGGCAUUGCUGGAUUUGCAAUUGGCCUAGCGGCAAUGGGUAAUAGAGCUAUUGCAGAAAUCCAGUUUGCGGACUAUAUCUUUCCAGCCUUUGAUCAGCUUGUCAAUGAAGCAGCUAAAUUCAGAUAUCGGAGUGGAAAUGAAUUUAACUGUGGAGGUCUAACAAUUCGAUCUCCUUAUGGUGCUGUUGGGCAUGGUGGUCACUACCAUUCACAGUCACCAGAGGCUUUCUUCUGUCAUGUUCCUGGCCUCAAGGUUGUCAUACCGCGAAGUCCACGCGAGGCUAAGGGAUUGUUGUUGGCUAGCAUCCGAGAUCCAAAUCCGGUUGUAUUUUUCGAGCCAAAGUGGUUGUACCGUUUGGCUGUUGAAGAAGUUCCUGAGGAGGAUUAUAUGCUGCCUUUAUCUCAGGCAGAAGUGAUUGCGGAAGGAAGUGAUAUAACACUUAUUGGCUGGGGAGCUCAACUUGCAGUACUAAAAGAAGCUUGUGAAGAUGCUGCAAAGGAUGGAAUAUCAUGUGAGCUUAUUGAUCUAAAAACACUGAUACCGUGGGACAAGGAAACAGUAGAAGCCUCAGUACGGAAGACUGGAAAGCUCCUCAUUAGCCAUGAGGCUCCGAUCACCGGGGGGUUUGGUGCAGAAAUUGCUGCAUCCAUUGCCGAGCGCUGCUUCCAGAGGUUAGAAGCGCCUGUAGCGAGGGUCUGCGGCCUCGACACUCCUUUUCCUCUCGUUCACGAACCAUUUUACAUGCCCACAAAGAACAAGAUCCUGGACGCUAUAAAAGCAACUGUAAAUUACUGAAGUGCCAGACCAAGCUACUGCUGUACAUGUUCCUUGAUGGUACAUGCAUAAAAAUUCUGUUCUCCAUAUGCACAUAUGUGAUCUUUACAUUGCUGGCCGCUGUACCCUGAACAUGCAUGCCAGAAACUAGCUUAUUCAGCAAUAUUGCACCAAUAAAGUUUCAAAGAUACAAAUGAUUGUUCUGCAACUGAA